UGACACACCUGUAGGGUGAGUUUUAUGGGGUGGAAAUUAUAUAUAAAUAGGAAUAUCUGGCGAGAAUGCCUCAGUUGGAUUUUAGACCAGUAAGUUAAUGCGUAAAGUUAAGUGAUUCUAUCAACGGAGAAGCUACUAACCACACUAUGAAGGAAUUUUUGGUUUUGGGUAUCGCUUUUGCGGCCGCCUUUAAUGUCGCUUUCGCUGCCAAUAAUACUUCACCUUGUGCAGGUCAAGGAUAUGGAUGUUAUGUGCCAGACCCUGAAAGCUGUUGCAACUACUACCAUUGUGUAUCUGCUGAAGGCUUCAAGAUGCAGUGCCCUCCUGGUCUGCACUUCAACGCAAAAUUAUCAGUUUGUGAUUGGCCAUUGAGAGCUAACUGUAGUGGAGAAGCAGGAGGCCCAGUAACUUCGACGCCGGGGUCAACAGGAAGUCCUGGGUCAGAAGUUACUCCACCAGUAAGCCCUGAAACAACUACUCCCGGUACUUCUGUGCCGAUCGAACCUUGCCUUAACCUGGACCCAGCAACGCAUGAAUUUAAGGGUAAUUGUUCGAUGUACUAUUACUGUUGGCAAGGCUACCCAUAUCUUGUGGUGUGCAACAAAGGAGAAGGCUACAGCAAGGACGAUAAUGCCUGCGUGGCAGACAGUAGCUGUUCUACAGGAGGUGAAACUGGUGGUGGCGGAUUCACCUGUCCGGAGCGCUAUGGGACAUAUGCUAUACCGAAUAAUACCACCGCGUUCUACUAUUGCUACAACUUUGUACUUUACACUGUGGCGUGCUUCACCAAUCAACACUACGAUGAGAACAUACAUGGCUGUGCACUCAAUUCGGUUGCAUACCCUUAACAACUUAUUAAUAACAAAAGAUACUUCUCAGAAUUAUAGUUGGCAGUGAACUCUCAACGGCAAUGCUUUUAUGUGCUUAUGAGUUAUAUUUUAUUUAGUUCCAUGUUUUCCAAUUAAACCCGAAACUAGUUUAGAGAAA